AUGGCGAAACCGAAGCUCCAAUCACCCCCGCUCCAAAACAAAGGCGACAACAACCGCUUCUUCGACCACCGCCGCGAACACGCCCGAACCGAUUGGGACAAUGGCGGCCUCCCCCGCCCAGAAUGGGAAGCCCUCCUCCACGACUGCCGCCGCUUAGCAGAUGAAGCAGGCUUCUUCCGACUCUCGCUCCCAAAGCAGUACGGCGGUCGCAGCGAUGCCUCCGGCAGAGGGUCAAAUCUGUGGAUGGCAGUCAUAAGAGAACACCUAGCUUCGAAGGGGCUGGGCUUGUUCAACGAUCUGCAGAAUGAGCAUUCCGUUGUAGGAAACUUCCCGGAUGUGGUCAUGGUGAUGAAUUAUGGAAAUGCAAAGCAGAAGGAGGAGUUGAUUGGGGGCAGGCUGGAGGGAAAGGUGAGGAUUACGUUUGGGUUGACGGAGGCGGGGCAUGGGAGUGAUGCUACGCAUAUGGCUACGAGGGGGAGGCCGGAGAGGAGGAACGGUGUGGAUGGGUGGGUGCUGAGUGGGGGGAAGAAGUGGCAGACGGGGAUGCAUGCUGCGACGCAUUGUUUUAUUCUUGCGCGGACGCAGGGGAAGGACGGUCAGGCGAGGGGGAUAAGUUGUUUUGUGGUGCCGAGGGAAACGCCGGGGUUGGAGGUGGAGUCGUAUGAGUGGUAA